CGACAAGAGGUGCUAAGGAAGAACUGAGGAGGAAGAAUGGAUCGCAGUGUGAUCCGACUGACUCACUGUCAGAAGGAGAUCUUCUGUUUCUCCAUGCCGGAGGAGUGUCCGAGCUGUGGGGAGCAGCUGAGGGGGAGCAGACUGCAGGAGGCGCCAGUCAGCCUCCCCUCGCCCCUCACCAACGCACACAAGAGCUCCUGCUGCCUGCUGGUCGCACCUGCACAGGACAACCUCAAUAGAGACUUCGAUGGGACGUCAGAUCUUCACACUGGCAUCUCAAACACUGCAGGAGUUGUGUAUAACUACACUCGUGGUGGAGUUCGUAGAGAUCAGAGUGGGUGGGAGCACUGCGUCAGUGUUCCCCUGGUCCGCCCGGACAUGUUCCACCUGCUGGCUCAGUGGGACCAGUACCUGGAGCGCUUCUCUGACGGGUCUAUGUGGGACCCCGCCUGGCAAAGAUUCCAUGAGGAUGACCACAACUGCUUCAGUUUCUGUCUUCAGUUCAUUAACAGCGUCCUGGCAGCAGAGGGGCGGAACUCCCUGAGCAGAGAGACCUUCACUCACAGCUUCAUCAUGCCGAGGAUGAGGAGGGUCUCCAAAUAUACCACGCUGUACCAACACAUCCAGAGACACCAGUACUACAUGGUGGACAGACAGGAGGACAGACAAGAGGACGCACCAGUUAAACCAGUCAGUUCUGGUUUAUAGAGGAGGUUUAAAUGAGUCUUAGUUACCAUG